CUGCUACUUCUCGCACAAAUUUCCCCAAUCUGUCGCCCGUCUCCACCAUCUCCCCACCUCUCGUCGCUUUCCCUACUGCUCUCGCCGGUCUCCUCCAACUCCCCACUGCUCUCGCCGGUUCUCUCUUCCUCUCUGAUCUUCAACCUGCUUGAACCGGUGCUCAUCCUCUUCGCCUCUUCGUCUCGCUUGAGCAGAUGAAGACUGUUUCUGGAACAAUUAUAUCUUCUAAGCCAGUCAAUAUCUCGAAAGCAGCCAGUAUCUUGUCGAAUUUUGUGAACUCCGACAAUGGCGCUUCUCAAUCGGUGUCUACUUACCUCCGGCGUACUAGUACAGCAUUUAACGAACUUGUAUCCUUUAGAAAGCACCACAAGCGGAAGAAACAUCAGCCAAUGGAAGAAGAUUCAUCCAAAUCUGAUGUAAAGCCUAGAAAUUCAGAAGAAGAUGAGGUGAGGGUACUAGAAAAUGGUGGUGGGGUAAACAGGAAAUUUGACCAUGAUCCGGUUGAGGAAAAGGAGAACGACGUUGAAGGUAAACUCGAAAAGAAGAAGAAGAAGAAGAAGAAAGAGAAGGGUGGUUUGGGGAAAAGUGGGGUGUUUGAAGAAGAUAAUGAGAUUGUGAAAGAGAAGAAGAAAAAGAAGAGGAAGAAUGCAGAGGUUGAGGGGGAUGAAAGUGGCAAUUCCAAGAAGAAGAAGAAGAGAAGUAGAACUGAAGCUGAUGAAUAGGUCUCAAAAUUUAGUAGAAAAUAACUUGUUACUAUUUUUAAGAUUGUGAUCUCAUUGUUUAGCUUGUGCCAAUUUUGAUGAUGAUUUACAUACUAAUUUUCUUGUGGUUUUACUUCUAAGGUCAUUUGAAGGUUAUCAAUUUUGAUUUUC